AGUUUAGGUCGAAUUUUACUAUGAUAAGACAGGAGAGACCGUAUGGAAAGCCAAGUUAGCUUUCUGUAGCUAACGUUAGCCUGUGGUUAGCCGGUCAGGCCGUGAUCAGCUGUGUGUCGUGGGCGGCCUUUACAUACAGAGAGCUGGUCCAGAGAUACUCAUUGUUAUCUAAUGACAUGUGUCCAUGAAGGAUAGCCCACCUUGGAUGUGAGUUUGCACACCUGGAGGACUUCUUAUUUAUCCACCACACCGAGCAGAGGAAAAGGACCCGGCAGUCCCAGGUGGUUUCUGGUCUACAGCGGGCUGGUGACCCUUUACCGGGGGCAGGAUGACGUGCCGUGACCGGACCCUCGAGUUCCAGUCAGCCUGUAAAUCUCUCCAGGGCAGACCGAAUGGAGUCCAGCCCAGUAAACCAGCUCUCAGCGCCCUCAGGCAGCGCAGUGACUUUACAGUUAUGGCCAAGAGAAUUGGAAAAGACUUGAGCAAUACAUUUGCCAAACUGGAAAAGCUCACUAUUUUGGCAAAAAGAAAAUCUCUAUUUGACGACAAGGCAGUGGAGAUUGAGGAGCUAACGUACAUCAUUAAACAAGACAUCAACAGUCUAAAUAAACAGAUAGCACAGCUGCAGGACUUGGUGAGGUCACGUGGAGCUCCGGGUGGCCGACAUAUCCAAACCCACUCUAACACUAUAGUGGUGUCAUUACAGUCCAAAUUGGCUUCAAUGUCCAAUGACUUCAAAUCAGUCCUCGAAGUCAGAACAGAGAACCUGAAGCAGCAGCGCAGCAGGAGAGAGCAGUUCUCCCAGCCUCCUGUCUCGUCUUCUCCUCUGAUGGCAAACAACUUCAGGAGCCGAAAAAAAGGGGCCCAGGAGCCGCAUGCAGCUCGCGAGCCGCGCAAUGGUUACCAGGGCAAUACAACCUCAAAUUUAAAAGAGAGCUCGGUCCUGAUGCAGGAUGAGUCCAGGAGUCUGGGGGAUGUAGCCAUCGAUAUGGACUCUCAGAACAAUCCCUUGCAACUCCAGCUUAUUGAUGAGCAGGACUCAUACAUCCAGAGCCGUGCAGACACCAUGCAGAAUAUUGAGAGCACCAUCGUGGAACUGGGCUCUAUAUUCCAGCAGCUGGCACACAUGGUCAAGGAGCAAGAGGAGACCAUCCAGAGGAUUGACGCUAACGUGGAGGACACCCAGCUGAACGUGGAGGGCGCCCACACAGAGAUCCUCAAAUACUUCCAGUCAGUCUCCUCCAACCGCUGGCUGAUGAUCAAGAUCUUUCUCGUCCUCAUCAUCUUCUUCAUCAUCUUUGUCGUCUUCUUCGCUUAAAGAAAGAGGCGCGGCUGAGGAGAAAAGCACAUGGAAUGAGGGGAAGUAAAGCUGGACUGAGACGACACGUCCAGACAACAUACUUUGAAGGACAGACUUCUCUAUGAAAGAGGCUUGGGAGACUUUUCAAUUAACAAAGACUUUUCGGUUAUUUCCAAGCCACAGACUGUUGAGCUUAAUUCGACAUUUCAGUGAAGAAUGAAGAUGUCGAACGUUGUCCAAAUGAAAGAAUAAAUUAUCUAAAAUCCCCACUUUGUAUAGAGAGAGCAAAUAACUGCUCUGUAUUGUAUUUUGACCAAUUCUUCAUAAACAUUUAAUCAAAAUGGCUAUUAUUUAAUGGUUUGAUUCUGCAAACUGUCUUUAACAACAUGUCAUUAUUAGUAUUAGUAUUAGUAUUAUUAUUUCAAAGCCAAACAACAGAACUGGAGUUAUCCUCAGAUAAUUUUUCUUCUUAGUUUAUUUACUUUUUAUUGAAGAGCAUGACUGUGUCACUUGUUUAUCAACAAUUCUCCACUUACCACCAUUCAGUAAUGAUGUGAAAUUUUUCUUUAUUCAGUUAUAUUCUGUUUUGCUUUCAAUGUUUAUUUGCCAAAUGGGUACUCUUAUAGAACUGUGACUUAAUACAAACACACUCGCUGUGGUCCAGCAUUUUGUGUCCUGAAGGCAGUUCCAGUGAGCAUAAGGGAACUUUCCUGGUAUAAUUCAGGCCCGAGCUGUAUGAAACGUUGAUGAUAAGUUACGUAACAGCGCUGAAACUGUUUGGUUGCCCGCCAUAAGGCAGGUUGAAUAGUUGGUUGAAAAAGUGUAAACCUCACACAUUUGGUGCUGCAGAGAGACUUGAGCAUGAGUCAAGUAUCUGAGCGGGAUCCAGGUGUGAUAUCAGUGCUUAUGAAAGGGGUUAGGCUGGUUGUGAAGGCGAAGUGACUCAAUCAGCCAGAUUCCCUUGAAGUGUCUGGUUGGAUGUCACUGUUGUAGUUGCUUUCCUUCUUUAUCUUUCUAAUGUACCAGAUGUUAUUUAAAUGACCACAGCAUUUUAAGAAGAAAGAAAACAUUCUUCCUAUUUUUUUCCUCUUUCUGUUUUUUUUUUAUUUUUUAGCCAAAUGCCUUGACUUCAAUGUAUAAAGUGCAAAUAGUGAUAAUGAUGUAUUGAUAAGAAAGUGCAUAUUAAUAAAAUAAUAAUGGGGUGCUGGCA